AUGGCGGAUAGCUCGCAGUUGUCAUUCGUACUCCCACCUAUUCAAGACAACCCAGAUGGCUCAUGGGGUCCUUCUUCCCUUCAUAUGCCCGCACAAUUCAAGGAUAUCCCUUAUGCGCCCUUUUCCAAGACCGAUAAAUUAGGCAAAUUUGCAGACUGGACUGAAUCGGAUGGUCGUGAUCGUGCUGGAGCCACCGGAACGCAACAAAGAUAUGGCAAUAGGCGGGACGGCCAGCCUGCUUACGGAUCAGGAUCUACGAACGCAUUUGCUUACAUCCACGAACAAGAUGAGGCAUCAUUCUCUCUGGUCGACAACAAGGCUGCAGCCCCUAGGAGGGGUGGUAUGCCUUUUGGCCGCGGACGCGGUGGUGCUCGCGGGAUGGCCGCACGAACCGGAGUCAACACUCGUACAACAGCACGCGGCGGCGCUGCAGCAACCAGGGGCAAUGCUAGGGCACCUGUCCGAAGAGGAUGGAAAGAAUGGGACAAGCCUUCGCGUACUCGCGAGUCUUCCGUUCCUAUCAACCCAAGCUGGCGAAUCCUAGAAGAGAUUGAUUUCCCGCGUCUCUCCAAAUUACGCUUGGAAGUAGACGAUCCUGAAACUUUAGAGUCUUACGGAAAGAUUUUUGCAUACGACAAGAGUUACGAUCGCAUUAACACCAAGAACGAACGGCCAUUGCAGAUACUUGAUCGUAUUAAAUACAAUACUACUACCAGCGACGAUCCGGUUAUCCAACAGCAUGCCAACAAAGAUACUGCGACCAUCUAUGCAACUGAUAGCAUUCUCAGCUUAUUGAUGUGCGCACCGCGCUCUGUUUACCCUUGGGAUAUCGUUAUUGUGCGUGAAGGCAAUAAGUUAUUCUUGGACAAACGCGAUGGUGGUCCAUUUGACUUUGUAACCGUCAAUGAGAACGCCGCCGAUCCACCGACGGAUAGCGACAAGGAUAGCCUCAACUCCGCUGGCUCCUUGCAUCUGGAGGCGACAUACAUCAAUGAGAAUUUUGCUUUCCAAACGGUUAACGAAUCUUCAGCAAUCAGCUUCCCCAAACCUAACCCCUUUUAUGGUCCGGACGAAACUGAUCCACUUGCAUCGUGCGGUUAUCGCUACCGGUUAUUCGACCUCUCUAUUCACGAAGAGGAAGACGUAAAGGUUUUGGUUCGUACGCAGGUGGACGCAUUUAUUCCCGGAGGAGAGACCAAGCUAUCCGCGGGUAAAGGGGAUAAUGCGGGCUUGGUCACGAUCAAGGCCCUCAACGAGUUUGAUUCGCGAGCAGAGGGCGCAGGUGGGGCCCCAGAUUGGAGGACCAAGUUGGACAGCCAGAGGGGUGCUGUUGUUGCAACUGAGAUGAAGAACAAUAGCUGCAAGCUUGCCAAAUGGGCGGUACAGAGUAUCCUUGCUGGUGCUGAAGUAAUGAAAAUUGGCUAUGUUUCACGUGCCAACCCACGCGACAACGCCCGUCAUGUCAUUCUUUCCACAGCGACAAUGCGACCAACGGACUUUGCUGGACAACUUAACAUCAACCUAGCGAACGGAUGGGGAAUCGUUCGCACCGUUGCCGAUUUGUGUAUGAAGCAACCAGACGGCAAAUACGUGUUAAUCAAGGACCCCAACAAGUCCGUCAUCCGCCUGUAUGCUGUACCUAUGGACGCGUUUACAGCUGAAGCUGAAGAGCAACCCAUCGAAGAGGAAGCACCUGAAGAAGAGUGA